AUGAUAUUCGUACCAGUGGUUCUCUUCUGUUUGCUGGCGCUCGCGGUCAACGCCCGUUCACCGUGUUCUGAAGGUUGGCGAUAUUUUCCUGUGACAAACGCUUGCUACAAACUCAUCGACGAUGAGUUACCGUGGACGAUAGCCGAAUUCAAAUGUCUGUUCCAAGGCGCCCAUCACGUCUCUGUCGAUAAUGCUGCCGAAAACCAAUUCGUUCAUGAACUUGCACGACGUGGCGAGAUGUGGACUGGAGCAGCGUGGUUUGGCUCGACACCGGACUACGUGAACUCUGAUCAGACACCUUACGGGCGGUACACGAACUGGAAAAGUGGAGUGACUCCGUCGCUGAACAAAGCUCGACGAUGCAUCAAGAUCGGGCGCGACGGUCAAUGGUUCCAGUCAUGCUGCAAGAAGAAGAGUUUGGCGGUGUGCGAAAAGCCAGCUGCCUAUUCUUGGGAAUCAUCGAACGAUCUCUCGGAAUUCCGUCGAGCGAAGUUCCGUCGACUCCGAUUCUAA